GAUGCGCGUGCGGUCAGUCUGAGUCGACACGACGCGCGAGCCUCUACCGGCCUCUACGCCGCGGCGCAAACGCGAAACUUUCCGCAGCUUUCUUACUCGUUACUUCUAUUUUUAAAUUUAUAAUCUACUUACAUUCCAAAAUUUAUAAGUAAUUGAAAGUGUUCUUUUUUCAAAACCGGAUUCUUUCUUGCCAGCCUUUUAUAAUCAAAAAACGUUCCAAACCAAAUCUGUGUCAGUUACGUUAAGUUAAAAUGCGAGUGAAGGGUUCAAAUCUGUCGACAUACGGAUAAAGCUGCUCUCGGUGUUGACAUACUAAAUCUGUCUCUUGCCCACUUACAUACCGAACUUGUUAUAAACUAGGCUGAUAGAAAAAUGGAGGUUCAAUUUGACAAAAAUGGCUCCCCUUUUGUGGAGUGGGGUGGUAUGAUAAGGUUGGAGAAGGAACCGAUAACGGAGAAGAAUUUGUUGGAGAAAGCGGAGACUGAGUUGAGAGAGACACCAGAAGUUCGCGAACAGGCUCUGAACGAACUAAGACAGCUUUUAAAAGGUGAAACGUCUCUGGUGAUCCCGAUCGACAAUGAUGACUUUCUUCUCAAAUUCCUGCGACCAUGCAAGUUCUACGCUGAAAGCGCUUUUAAGCGGGUCCAAGCAUACUACAAGUUCCGACUGUCGCACGCAGACUACUGUCGCGACCUGAUGCCGUCUGCCAUCCGGUCAGCCUUCGACCACUCCAUCGUGUCCAUCUUGGCCCCACGUGAUCAGCAUGGGCGCCGCAUCAUGCUCGUGGAAUCUGGAGAGCGCUGGGACCCUCGCGAAGUGCCCUUAUCUGAAGUAUUCCGUGGAGUCCAGCUAGGACUGGAGUCGGCCAUGGUGGAGCCUCACACGCAGGUGUGCGGGGUCAUCACCAUCCUUGAUAUGAAGGGGCUGUCCCUCAAGCACGUCAUGCAGUUCACGCCAUCCUUCGCCAAGAUGGUUGUUGAUUGGAUUCAGGACUGUGUACCGAUCCGUCUAAAGGCAAUCCACAUCGUGAGCCAGCCGUACAUUUUCAACAUGCUGUUCGCGAUCUUCAAGCCGUUCUUGCGCGAGAAGCUGCGUAAGCGCAUCUACUUCCACGGCGCGGACAGGGAGUCGCUAUUGGCUCAUGUCGACAAGUCGGCGCUGAGAACGAGGCAUGGCGGCACUCUGCCUGAACCGGAGAUAUCGGGCGAUGUGCUGUGGAAGAUGCUCCAUCAUUAUGAAGACGACUUUAAGUUGGCAAACUCUUACGGAUACAUCAAGAACAACAACAAUAAAUGAACGUGAUCGCUACUUGGAGGGCGUGAAGAGAAAAUGCCAAGUUCUCAAACAAGUACACUUGUAUAUUUAGCUUGAAAAGUUGUUAAAGGGUUAUUACCACGUGAAAUAAGGUCUUUUUGCAACGUUCUGUGAUUGUAAUUUUGUGAAGCACCUAUAUUAUUGUGUGGGUGUCGGUUUCGCGAUAGGUUGUACAAAGUACAUUAAGACAUCGAUCAAAUAAAAUCCAAGGGUUGUAUAUAAAUUGUUUUAUUAUAAAAAAUAUUAGGCACUACUUACAUCCACCUUUUCUAAUACAAUUACAGCCGUAUACAAAUAAAAAUAUGAAUAAAGGGACACAAAUUACUACAUUCAGUAGUUAUUCAUAAUAAUUUAAUAUAUAAAGUUUUUAUUUUAGAAAAAAUAUUAUAUACUCAACCUAGUAACUUGUGACAUGUACCUUUGGAUAUAAUUUUGUGAUGUUCAACAAAUGAAUUUAUGCUAAUUUAUCCCUUAACUAUAAAUAUUUUUGGGUGGAAAUGGGAUAUAUGCAGACCUUUCUAUAUAAACUACAUAUUUUGUUUAUGCACAACACCAAAAUUCAACAGAUUCAGAACUGAUAACCACUUAUUUUUAUAAAAUUGAAAUUAAAAGUAGGCUUUGUCAUUAAUGACCAUCCCUGUAUAAUACAAUUAAAACAAAAUAAAUCUAAUACAAUUUUACAAUUUCACAAAUCUACUUCUAAGUAACUAUCAAAACGCAAAAAAGUGGCCAUGUGAUUUAUAUACUAUUAAUUUGUCAUGUUUAUAAAGAGAAGCUUCAAUUUGUACGUUAAACAGAUUAUAUAUUGGAAAUCACAGCCUAUAUGAAAAAAGUUUGUAAAAUAUUAAAACAAGUACAAUAUAGUGUAGGUAAGGUAGUGCAGCGGCCAAGUUCAAACAAAAACACACAAAAAGUGUGUUUUUAAUAUUAAUAAUAUUUAUAAAAUUUUACUGCGUGCGUUAAAAUAUUGUUAAAGUGAUAUGAUUUCUAGAAUAUUACGAAUUAUAAAAUCGGUAAGUAUACAUAUUAAUAAAUAAAAAUAACAAUUUAUAUAAUAUCAAAAACACAACUUGCUAAACAGAUUUUUGAUAGCAAAAACAAGUAAGUUGGAAUUGAGAAAGGUAUCGAUAAAAAUAUCUCUUUGGGUUCAUAGCACCCUUGGUAUAUUAAAA